UCAUCUGCAUAUAUUCCUAGGAAUAAGCUUAGCAAUCAUCAUAGCGAAGAACAUACACAAAAGAGGAAGAAAUAAUGGCAACCCAUCAGUCGUGUCCUUAUAUUGGAAAGAACUCAUGGCCGGAGCUUUUGGGAACAAAUGGAGACUAUGCGUCUUCAGUGAUCAAAGGAGAGAACUCGAGCCUUCAAGUUACCGUGAUUUUGGUUGGAUCCCCGGUGACUGGAGACCUCAGGUGCGACCGCGUUAGGGUUUGGGUUGAUGAAAGCCGUAUCGUCGUCAAAAACCCAACCGCUGGCUAAAUAUGCAUGUUGACCACGAUUACUAUACAUGCAUCGUGCUAUGAAUAAAAUAAAGAGAACGAUCAUGGUUGAUGGCUUGGUCGUUAUAUGUAAUAAAUAUUGUUUGCUUUGAGGCGUCCGACCAUAUAAAUCCGAGUAAUCGCGUAUAUUUAAGCAGCGUAACAAGCAAAAAAAA